UUAGUUACGUCGAUUAUACAGCAAGCGCUGUAGUCGAUUUUUUUGCUAUUUCAAUAGAUAAAAAUGCUGUAGUAAAUUAAUUUGAGCUGUAAAUUGAGUAAGAAAUGACGGCGUGUGCCGUUCAAAAACAUUUGUCGCCAAUUAGCUACGGAAUGUUUCGUGCUUACAAGGAACCGCAGCCAUACAUUGGUGACUUGUGUAAAAGUUUACCUCCCCUGCCAGGAUAUAUCAUCCCCGGUUUAGGACGUUCACGAUGUUCACUAUGGGGAGAAGAUGAUGGACGAGCGCAUUUCGGUUAUACCAGAUACCGCAAUAGCUAUGACUUCUGCCACCCAAUACCUGAUAACCCGGAGUAUUUAAAACAUCAAGGUUACAUGUUCCCCAAACCAAAUGAGCUAGAUUUGACAGUACUGAGGCAUCCUUCCACAAAUGCCAGGCGAAGGGUUCCGAGAGACUCGACAUGGGAGGUGUUUCCGAAAAAUAACGCAUCAAGACUUCAAGACGGUCGGAGCGUUCUUGGGGACGCAACACGAAGAGCAAUUGAAGACAAUGUCACAAGAUUAUAUAGAACUACACGUACCAGCAGUACAUUUCAAGAUACAUCUGACUUUAUGAUGGCUAAAGCACAACGUGACGCUCAGUAUCGCCUUUCUAAGGGCCAUGGCUAUAUUGAAACCCCUACUUGUAGUCGGAUUCACAAUCACCCGGAUCCAUGUCAUUAUUGUUGGUAUGGCGGUUGCAACAAAGACUUUGAGACAAAACUAGCCGAGUUCCAGUCUAAACUAUACGAUUCAGACGAGACUGGUUACGUUGGCGGUAAAACUGAAAAUACUUCUGCUCAGAAAGAUGACCUUGACCAUGCACAUAAAAACAAUUUCAAUACGACAAACGGUCCGGGAAUCUUGGAGACUCAAACACAGGUUUGUGGUUGCUUAAAUGAUACGUGUAGUAUAUGUAUGAAGAAUAAAACAGGCAUGGAUACCCGAAAAGGUGUUAUUCAAGGACAGGGAGAAAACGCAAAAGCAGAUGACAAGACAAACGAGUGUGCCCAAGCUGUUAACAAAGAUACAUUUGGUCCUUGGCAAGACUCCUUGAAAGAAACAUGUUGUACUGAAGAACCGCCAAUCUUGACAAAUAAUUAUCGGUUCAAACUUCCGUCGUCUGCUUAUUGUCAGAACGCACAGCACGAGUACGAGUCUGACCUAAUUUCCCAACAGUAUAAACCUAUUCCAUUUGAUCAAAGGGAGUUAUUAUGGCGAGCAAAUGAAGAGUCGACUAAAGAGCAAAGGGCACACAAUUACAUGCAGGAAGUUCCUUUAUCGUUUGUCCAGCCAGUUUGGAAGCAGAAAUCUCUCAAUAGCUGGACUAACAGAGAUGAGAACAAUCUACGAAUACCCUGUAUUACAGACAUCAUUGGUAGCUCUCGAAAAACUGAUGCACAUAGAAGAUACCAUUUAGAACACCCGGAACUUGUUUCUGACCUCCGUGAUAACAGAAGGUAUGCAAAACGUGUACAUUUCCACGGUUAUAGUUCAUCUGUGUUCCGCUGAUAUCGCAUUUACUGAUUUAGUUCUAAUUCUUUUGGCUCAUAUAACAUUCUUUUGGCUCAUAUAACAUUCUUUUGGCUCAUAUAACAUUAUAAAGCAUUUAAAAUAGAAAACUCUUCUUUGUUUUCGUUCAAUAUCCAGAUUCUUUUUGUAUGCUCUUUGCAGCCUCGAUGAGUUCCGUGAAUGGCAUACUUAGCUCAAAGAAAAGGGAAAAUAUUAAUACAAACAAUCAUUUCUAGCGACAUUAAGACAUUGCACCCGAAAUCGUGAAUGUAUUAAAACCAAAGGGCAAUUUCACUUUUACACAUUUUACUUUUUAAAGUUUAAGCCUAAAACAGUUUUUCUAUACAUGGUGUAAUGUAAGAGUUACUGUCCAAAACCACGCCCCAUCCAAUUCACCUAUAGACUUAGACAGAUUUCAACAGUACAUAUAUUAAAAUUUCAUUGAAGUACAUAUAUUAAAAUUUCAUUGAAGUACAUAUAUUAAAAUUUAGCAUACGCAGAUGUGUUCAUAUCACAGUUAUCAUGAAAAUCCGCAUUAAGUUCCUACAUGAGAAAACAAACGGUGGGAUUAUAAAAAGUAAGAUUGAGAGAUGAUUAGAUGUAAUUAAGCCUGCGUGAAACAUUUAAGUCGUAUUGGCCGUCCUUCAUAGAUCGGAAACAUAACAUCUAUGGUUGACGUUCACAGUUUUGUGGAAUGUGUUCCCUUCAUCGCUGAAAUAAAGGAUGUUUCCUUAUGAACAGCUCUCGUUUAUUGUUGACAGUACUAUCGUCCUACUGGCAUGGCUAGUUUAUGUUCUAGAGUCACAAAAAUUAUCUCAUGUAAGAUAAGUACCAUUUAUGCAAAAUCAUUAUUAUUAUUCGUGAGGCACUAAUUUUCUUGGUUUUCGUGGAAAGGCCAAUUCACGAAAUUAAGACCCAACGAAAUUUUAUUUCGUCUGCUGGCAGAUUAUUUUGUAUUACUUUAUUUACACUUUCCAUUUUGAAAAAAAUAAA